AUGAACAAUACAGACAAUACAGUGAUUCAGUUGCUUCAAGGAAUACAAGCUGCACUUAUUCCCCUAAAGAGUGGUCAAGAAGCAUUGCUAGGCCGUCAAGAAGCAUUAGAAAAAAGACAAGAUGCAAUGCAACUUCAAAUGACAAGUUUUUACAAUGAAUUUAAAGAUCGGGAAUUUCCAGAUAGAACUAUUGUAACCUCUACCAGUACUCUUACUGGCAUCAUUCCAAGACCCAUAUCAAAAAUCAACGAUAUAACUUUAAAGCAUAUAUACAAGAUGAUAACAGACAAUCUUAGAAUAGAAUUGACCGAGGAAACCAAGAGAAUUGUUAACACAUGUACCAAGGUCAUAUGUGAUCAACUGGCAGCUCUUCCAUCUGUUCAGGAUCUUGGAACAAACCCUGGCUGGUCAUUGCUUCCUCAAGAGGAUAAAAACAGGCUGUGUAUCAAUCAUUCCAUCAUACUCAGAGACAAUGGAAUCGAUUUUACCAGAUGCCACAGAAACUGGGCAUCAAUUGCAAGGGUUAGCCAGCUCUGGAGAGGGCGUAAGAAGCGAGAAUACUCUGGGAUGGUCUUUUUGCUGUGCUACAACAGGGACGAAGCUAUGACUCUCGCAGAAGAUCAACAAGAACGCGCCGCCUUUAAGGCCACCAUUGCUGACUUAACCAGAAAUUUGGAAAAACUGGCUACUGACUACCAGUCAGUAAUGGAAAAGCUUAAUAGCUUACUCGCCAAGCACGACGCCAGCACUACCAGAGCCACCUUUGCACCCACUAGUAAAGACUUACUGAUGGCAUCUAAGCAUGCCCCAAAAACCCUGAUGAACAACGACAGCAGCAACAAUUGCACCCGAUGUGCCAGCUGCAACCCCGUCACUGACAACAGCAGCAAAAACAACAGAAGCAGCAAUAUCACUACAGGUAGCACUGCCACACCCACCCAGACUUCAUAUGCUACGCAAACCAAGAAGGGCAUAGAUGCCAAACAGGCCAAGCAGAAAGUCCAAGUCCGCAGAGUCCAGGGACAACAACUCCUCCAAAAACCCACUAACCCAUCUGAGUACGAAUUUGUCUACCUCCUGGCCAAAAGAUAUGUUAAGUACCAGGAAAUGAGAAAGAUCUUCAGUUCCUUCAAGAUCCCCACUUCUCACAUCCUUGACAUCCAAUUCCCGGCCAGAGGGACAGUGGCCCUUGACAAGUGUUGA